AUGUGGAAUGACGCUGGUGCUGAAGGAAGCCAGGCAUAUGCAGAUGUAACAUACACCCAAGGCUUCGAAAUCAAUGCCUGUGAUUUUUCUGUUGCCUAUGACCAUGAGCAUGAGCAGCAGCCCAACAGUUUGGAACCCGACAACACAACUGAAGCUGAGAACUCUUCACAAAGGAAGACAAAGAGAGUGGCCAAGCGACACCAGAAUUAUUCUGGUACUGAGGAUGAGACUUUAAUUUCAGCGUACCUAAAUGUUUCAAAGGAUCAAGUGGUUGGCAUAAAUCAGCCAGCCAAGUCGUAUUGGCAAAGGAUACUAGAUUACUACAACGAGUUCAGGACGACUACAACCACUAGGACACGGUCCUCUCUUCAACAUAGAUGGGGUGAGAUACAGAGAGACACUACCAAGUUUUGUGGAUUUUAUGAGGAGAUUGAAAGGAAAAAUCAGAGUGGGAAGAGUGAGGAUGAUAAGGUGAAAGAUGCACUCCAGAUGUUUGAAGGAUUGGAAAAGUCUCAAUUUAAGUUUCUCCAUUGCUGGAUACUUCUUCGGAAGGAGCACAGGUGGCUUUGUUGGCUUGCAGAGAAGAGAGCUGAGCUAGCUGCCAAUCCUACUGAUGCUGGAGAUGGUACAAAUAUGGAUCCAAUCAAAGUGAUCAGCGAGGCACCAAAGUUUUCAAGGCCAAUGGGUCGUGACAGGGGCAAGAGACUCCGAGGCAGCCCAGGUGUUGGUAGUUCUGCUAGUUCUUCAGCUUGCCUUGAGGUGCACCAGAAAAUUCAGGAAGACCGAGCCAAAUAUGAUGAAAGGCAGGAGAUUGCUAGCAAAGAUGAGGCACAGGAGGUGGCUGCCCGAUAUGAGAAAAAAUUGAGUCUUGUGCAGGAACAAGUUGAUAUUCAAAGGAAGAUGUUAGAGCUGCAUGAGAAAGAGCGGAUGGACAAAAUCAUGUUCAUGGAUUUAGAUAAGGUGCAGCCAUGGGUGCGUGACUUCUACAUUCGGGAGCAGAAAAAGAUUGCAGGUUGGAACGACCAAGCUUCGGGUGCUCCUCCUAGUUAG